AUGGCCGCGCCCGGUCAGCCCAACCCCCAGCAGAUCGCGGCCAUGCAACAACAGUUCGCCGCCGAGGCCGCCAAACGAGGGAUGACCCCCGAGCAAUUCGCGCAGAAGCAGCGCGAGCAGCUGACAGCUGACGCUGCGAAGCUUGGUCUGACGCCAGAGCAGUAUAUUGCGCAGUUGCGGAUGCGGGCGCUCCAGGCGCAUCAGAAGCAGAUGGAGGCCCAGCGUCAGGGUCAAGGAUCACCACAGCCUGGACAGGAGCAGCAAGAGCAACAAUCGGGACAGCAAGGACAGCCACAGCUUCAACAGCAGCCUCAGCCACAACAGCAGACACACCAAGUGCCCGUUCAACCAGGGCAGCCGCCGGACCCCAAGGCCCUGGCCGUGGCCCACUUUCUGCGGUCGCAGAACUUGAAGCCGCGGACUUGUAUCUUGGAUGGGCAGCGAAAGGAUAUGUUCAAGGUUAAGCGAGCCAUCCGCGCCAUCGAGUCCCCCGCCUACGCCAAAGCUGCCGCAAAGAAGAACUCCCUCCUCCCACCCGUGACUGACCGUGCCUCCGCCGAGAAUACAUUCAAGCUUCUUCCGCUUUCUCUGCUAGCACUGCGGGUAAGCAAGGUCGACCCGCACGCGGGGCACGACCACGCCAAGCCAAAGAAUCGCGUCAAGGGCCAGUGGACCGUGAAGAUCGAGCAGCAUCAGGAGACCAACCCCAUGAUGCACUACGUCUGGCUGUAUGAAGGGCCGCAGUGGAAGCAGAAGGCCAUGGCUGCCGCAGUCGUGGCCGGUAUUUUUGCCGUUGUGCUGUUCCCUCUAUGGCCUAUCAUGCUGCGCCAGGGUGUGUGGUACUUGAGUGUGGGCAUGAUGGGUCUUCUCGGUCUCUUCUUUGCUAUGUCGAUCUUCCGUCUGAUUCUUUUCUGCGUCACCGUUUUCGCUGUGCCGCCUGGUCUUUGGUUGUUCCCCAACUUGUUCGAGGAUGUCGGGUUCUUUGACAGUUUCAAGCCGUUGUGGGGCUGGCAGGAGAGUAAGAAGAAGAAGAGCAAGAAGUCCAAGGCUACUGCUGUCGAGGGCCCAUCCCAAGAGGCCACGGCUUCAGCAACCACUACCUCCGCGGAGCCCGUAUCCGCACCUAGCUCGACCACUGUGAAACGGGAUCUGACUGCACGGGUGGAAGAAGUGGAGGAGUAA